UCCUGUCAAUUUUCAGUUCACACACACACUUACGCACUCGUAUGCUCUCGUAGGAUAUAUUUUCUCACCCCACCAGCUAGUGCACGCACCUACACUGUACAAUAAAUAAAUAUACACCAUCAUGGUAGGCUACUGUCCAAUCUGUGGGAAGCCCGUUUACUUUGGUGAGAAGAAGAGGUCCUUAGGGAGGGACUACCACCCUCUGUGCCUGAAGUGUCAAAAGUGCAACAGACAGCUCACAGCUGGUCAACAUGCUGAGUAUGAUGAGAAGCCAUACUGUUCACACUGCUACCUGAAGAUGUUUGGUCCAAGAGGUAACAGGUGACUGGUCCUGGAGACUGGUUGCCCUGGCACAGUGCAGCUCCUCAACGAACUACAGACUGAGCCAAAAUGGACAAACACUGACAUACAAAAGACCUGCGGGACCUGUUUAUUGGCCAGAAAUUAGAAAAUUAAUAGAUAAAUAUGAAUGAUAGUUGGCUAUAGUUUACACCUCCACAAAAUCAUAUAUUUAUAAAUGUGUGAUGACCAUUUGAUGCCAGGUGUAUGUGAAUGUUCACUUGUAUAAUGUAAAUGAUUUUUGCAUGUUAGUCAGUAUUAAUUAAUAAAUGCAUUUGGAUUUGGAUGUCAAA